GACGUACACAGAAGAGAGAUGAAAAUGUUGAGCUUGUAUAAGUUGGUAGAGCAACAUGAAUCCUCUUUAUUAUUAUUCACCAUACUGGUCAUCUUCUUCAUAGCUCUGUUCAGAUCUCUCAUCUCAUGUCUUUCCAGAGAAAGAAGAAGCUUACCUCCUUCUCCACUAAAACUCCCAAUUUUUGGAAACCUUCACAACAUUGGGUUGUACCCUCAUCGCUCACUUUGGUACUUAGCUCGGCACUUCGGGCCACUCAUGCUGCUUCAUUUUGGCGCUGCGGAGGCACUUAUUGUGUCUUCCGCUGAUGCUGCCCGAGAGAUCAUGAAAACCCAUGACAUCAUAUUUGCAAACAGGCCAAGAUCAAGAGCCUUCCAGAAGCUCCUGUACAAUUAUAAAGACGUUGGAUCAGCACCUUAUGGGGAAGAAGAAGAAACAGCCUUGAUGAUGGAUGAGAUUGAAAGGGCUAGUUCUUCUUCUUCAUCCAUAAAUCUAAGUGAAAUUUUUGCAGCACUAACCAACAAUGUUGUGUGCAGAGUGGCUUUGGGAAGAAAGUAUGGAGGGGAAAGUGGAAGAAGGUUUGCAAAGCUGUUGAGUGAGUUUGCGGAGCUCUUGGGUAUUUUCAAUGUGGGGGACUUUAUUCCAUGGCUUGCUUGGGUGAGCCAUGUUAAUGGAUUGGAGGCUAGAAUGGACAAAGUGGCCAAGGAGUUCGAUGAUUUUUUAGGAGUAGUCGAGGAGCAUAUGGCUCAACAAAAGAAAGGGCCAAACACUGACUCCGUUACUGGCAAAGAGCAAAAGGAUUUUGUGGAUGUUUUGCUUUGGAUUCAAAGGGAGAACUUGGCUGGCUUCAAAAUUGACAGAGUUAGCAUCAAAGCCGUUAUUCUGGAUGUUUUUGCAGCCGGGACUGACACUACAUACACAUCCCUAGAAUGGGCAAUGACAGAAAUCUUGAGGCACCCAAAUGUUAUGAAACAACUGCAAAAGGAGGUGAGAGAGAUUGCAGGUAAAAAAUCAGACAUAAAAGAGAAGGAUUUGGAGAAGAUGCAUUACUUGAAGUCUGUGAUCAAAGAGACUCUCCGUUUACACCCUCCAAUUCCAUUGUUAGUACCCAGAGAAUCUGCUCAAGAUGUUGAAGUAAUGGGCUACAACAUUGCAGCUGGAACUCGGGUUAUUGUGAAUGCUUGGGCAAUUGGAAGAGACCCCAUGUCAUGGAAACAACCAGAAGAAUUCAUUCCAGAGAGGUUUUUAAACAGCAGCAUAGAUUUCAAAGGGCAUGACUUCCAGUUAAUUCCUUUUGGGUCUGGAAGGCGGGGCUGUCCUGGUAUUCUCUUUGCAACAACAAUCAAUGAGGCUUUCUUAGCAAAACUUGUGCACAAGUUUAAUUGGACUUUGCCUGGCGGAGCAAAAGAAAAGGAUAUAGAUAUGAGUGAAUCCAUUGGCCUUACCAUACGUAGAAAAUUUCCUCUUAUUGCUAUUGCAGAUAACUGUUCUUGCUAGUGUCAAGAAAAUUAGAAAAUACAGCUUUGGAACAAUUAAGCACAGUUUGGAAUCUUUACAUUUUUUUGAUGUCAUUUUUAGAGUGCUUCUCUUAGAACAGUCAUAACCUUAGGAGUGUAAUUAGGUGCUAAAUGACAGCUAUAGAGAUAUUUAUUGUUACUUUGCAUCAUUUGAAAGAGAGGUUUGCCUAACAACAAACCACGUAGCCCUUCCUCACACCCAUCCAGGCCUAAAGCACAACUCUAUAUGCUUUAAAUUGAAUAAUCAAGUUGAAGUGUUUUCUGUUUUGUUGUUUUUGCUAAAAAGAAUAAGAGGUGUAGAUUCUACUUUAUCUGAUUUGAAAUGUUGACUUAAUAACAUAUGACUGCCAUU